AUGGUCUAAAGCUGUCUCCAGAAAAAUGUCACUUCUUUAAAACAUCGGUGAAGUAUCUUGGUCACGUGGUUGAUGAGCAGGGAGUUCAUACUGACCCUGAAAAGAUAUCUGCUUUGAGAGAUUGGCCUCGUCCUUCAAAUAGGAAAGAGCUAAAAUGUUUUUUAGGCUUUGCUGGGUAUUAUCGGCGGUUCGUCGAGGGAUAUUCUCAUAUAGCCAAACCUCUGAAUUGCCUGACAGCAGGCUACUACCCACCGAAGAAGAGAGGCAAAGUGUACAAGAGGGAGCGCUCCACACCUCUUGUGAGCCCUAAUGCACCGCUUGGUGAGGAGUGGACUCCCGAGUGUGAGAAUGCAUUCAGAACUCUGAUCGAGAAAUUGACGUCAGCGCCCAUCCUUGCCUUUGCGAAUCCACAACUGCCAUAUGUUGUACAUACGGAUGCUUGUCGUGACGGGUUGGGGGCUGCGCUCUACCAAGAGCAGGAGGGGAAGCUUAGAGUUGUUGCGUACGCCAGUAGAGGUCUGUCCAAGAGCGAGAGAAACUAUCCCACUCACAAGCUCGAAUUCUUGGCCUUAAAGUGGUCUGUUUGCGAGAAGUUCAAUGAUUACCUUUAUGGUUCAACUUUCACUGUACUCACCGACAACAACCCCCUCACGUACGUUUUGACCUCUGCAAAGUUAGACGCUGCUGGUCAUCGCUGGUUAGCCGCUCUUUCUACUUACCAGUUUACCAUCAAGUACCGAGCAGGACAGGCCAACCGCGAUGCAGACGGGUUGUCCCGGCGGCCUCAAGGUCCGCCUCUUGAGGAUGAAGCUUUCACAAAAGAGAGAGAGAGGAUAGAGGACAUGAAAAAAACGUCUCACGGAGACAAGAGAUGACAUGGAUCACGAAGUGUUCUCUGCAUUAUGUCAGCGUCAUCUUGUGAUGUUUAAAGGUGACGAACCCCAUCAUUCAGAGCAACCUAUCGUUGCAGAGUCUCUUGUUGUCGACCCUUCUAUAGUGCCUGAUGUUUUUGGUGAGGACACUUUGCCAUCCAUGACUAACUCUGACUGGUGUAAUGCUCAAAAUAAUGAUCGUUCCAUCUCACGUGUCAUUACUUUUGUGAGGAGAGCUGUAAAACCCAGUUUCGGAGAGACAAGCCUUGAACAUCCUGAUGUCAAACUUCUUCUCAGGGAAUGGAAAAAUCUUGAACUCAGGGAUGAUGUCCUGUACAGGAAGUGGUCUGAACGAGGUGAUCUUGUUUACCAGUUGGUCUUACCUGAGCAGUUCAGAGAGAGAGCACUACAGGGAGUGCAUGAUGAUGUUGGCCACCUUGGUUCUGAGCGCGCACUUCAUCUUGCUCGUGCCAGGUUCUACUGGCCAAAGAUGGCCAGAGACAUUGAGGAGAAGUGUAAAAGGUGCGAACGCUGUUUCAGGAGGAAGGCUGUGCCUCAAAAGGCUGCACCUCUAGAGAACAUUUCCGCUACUUACCCGCUCGAACUUCUUUGUAUGGAUUAUUUAUCCCUCGAGCCAGAUAACAGAGACACAAGAAACAUUCUAGUCAUCACUGACCAUUUCACAAAAUUUGCUGUGGCAGUGCCGACUAGGGAUCAGAAAGCCAAAACUGUUGCAAAGGCUUUAUGGGAAAACUUCAUUGUUCACUACGGGUUCCCCAGUCGUCUACUCAGCGAUCAGGGCAGAGACUUUGAAUCUAAGACAAUCAGAGAACUCUGCACACUGAUAGGAGCAGACAAAGUCCGUACCACCCCUUACCAUCCCCGGGGAAACCCGGUGGAACGGUUUAACCGGACUCUCCUUGGUAUGCUAGGGACCCUGGAAGAGAGAGACAAAUACCAUUGGAGAGAUUUUGUCAAGCCCUUGGUCCAUGCAUACAAUUGCACGCGGCAUGACACAACAGGCUAUUCGCCUUAUGAACUAAUGUUUGGUCGGCAGCCCAGAUUGCCAAUUGACCUUGUCCUGGGAAUCCACCCUGAUGCGGGGAACCACCAGACCCACUCAGAGUAUGUCAAAGGCCUUCGUCAACGCCUACAAGAGAGCUACUCAUUAGCUGCAAAAAACUCUCAGAAGAUGGGAGGGAAGAACAAGGCUAGGUUUGACAAGAAGGUCAGGGCAGCUGAACUCUCAGAGGGCGAUAGGGUCUUGGUGAGAAACGUGAAUAUCAGGGGGAAACACAAACUAGCCGAUCGGUGGGAACAGAAAAUCCAUGUUGUUGUCAGACGGAUAAGAGAGAGUCCCGUAUAUGUAGUCAAACCUGAAACAAGGGAGGGGCCGCAACGCACAUUGCAUAGAGAUCUUCUUUUGCCGUGCGGGUUUCUACCUGUAACAGAGAUCGCAGAGCACAGUUCUCCCACUGACACGUCAAAGAAAAUGAAACUGAGAGACAAAACAACAAAAGACACGCAAGGGGACACUGAUUGUCAGGAGGAUGAGUCGUACGGUGAUGAGGAUGAAUUGUAUCCUUGCUCAUGGGUGCCAGAAAUCAUCACUAGGGGUCCCUUCCUGCAGAGGGAAGGGGGCUUCAGUGAGCCUCAACCAGCUUUUAGGGUAUUAAACCCAGACACCCCUUCUUUUGUGCCCCAAAGCCCAACACACUUACCUGAGAGACCUACCCACGAGCUUCAACCAGAAACUCCUCUUGUCAGCUCUGAGAGAAGUGUUUCAGUUACACCUCCUACUUCACACUGUAGAGCCCCAGACCACGUUGUUAUUGACAUUCCAGAACCCAACAUGACACUCAUCUCACCUGUGAGGGAGACCACAGAUCUCAUCCCCACAGAUCCUGUAGGUGCAGACACUGACAACGUAGCGUCUGAGAGUCUAGAGUCUGAGAACACAAGUGUCAGGCGUUCUGUUAGGGAGAGACGUCCGCCCCGGAAGCUCACUUAUGAUGAGUUGGGGGAGCCUUUGACCUUGGCCAUCAGUUCGUUCUUUGAGGCUUUAGGAGCUGCCAUUUCACACAUAUCUGUACCUGUAGGGGCAGGUGUGCAUGCAGGGACUCAUGCAGUCUAGAGGGGGAGAGUGUAACCCUGGUUAGUUUUAUAGUGCUGAGAUAUCUAAAACCCUUUGAAUGCAUCAUAGUUCUUCUGUGUUGUAGUUGUUUCUCGCCUAGUUGUAAAAUUUCCAAGUUUACCUGAACACAUCACCUGCAGCUCCGGUGUGUGUGAGAACGUGGGUGACGAGAAAAAAACGGAAAAAAAGGGAGAAAAGUCAUGCAGCCGCGGAGCAAAAGUGUCCUCGUUCAGCGGCCAGAUAUCAUGAUUUUGAGUUGUGAGAGAGUUGUGACAGAAUUGUAGUUAGCAGAGAGCGUGAAGAGAUACUCACCUGGUGAAACCGAUCACGGGAGGGACUCAAACCGAGAGUUUCUCCGUACUUUUCUGAACUAUUCUGGUGAGUUAACGUUAGCUGCCUCGUUAGCUUGAUUAGUGGUAUCAUUUUUGUUCGGUACAGGAAGAAAAAAAAGCCAGUCAGAAUAGUAAAUACAUGUUUAGUGGUGUCGAGACAUGUUUUUGUGAUGACAUGAUGAUAUGUUUUUAUUGUGUGUUACUGUGACAAACAGCUAGUAGUUUACCGAGCAGUUAGCUCAGCUGCGGCUUGCUAACUAGGCCAAGCACGGCCGAGUAUUUCAUAUUUUCUGUGUUUUGAGUUGUUUCAUAUUUCAUGUAAUAAGCUGCAUUGGUUAAUGUGCACUGGAAAAGUAAGCAGACAGCCAUUUAAGCUGAUAAUAAUUACGCUGCAUAUUAUGCAGGCUGGUUUUUUUUUGAGGACGAGUUCUUCUGUUCAACUGUGAUCCACAUCGUCCGCUGUUGCCCCGUGGAGGCUCUUGGUUCAACAACAAGCCGUAUCACCCGCCAUGCUGCAGGGAGGCUCUUGGUUCAUCGGGACCAGUGUGGACAUCGGUGUGGUAUGGAAAGGUUCUGAGGAGUGACACAUUUUGUUUGCACUUUUUUCUGAGAUCUCAGUAAUUUUUGGGGGUUUUUAUUUUUAUUUUUUCCUAUUUUUUGGAAAGGAACGGAACUUAAAAAAACUGUUUUCUUCUUGGAGGACCCUGAAGGACAAUAAAAAAACUAAGGACAAUCAAACUCAUUAAAAGGGAAAGAAACAUUUUUUUUUUUCUUUAUCUUAUCCUUAUUAUUUUCUAUAUUGGUACUUCCUGGUCAGCUGAUUUCAUUUUUUUAUGUUGUGAAUUUAAAAAAAAACCCUGUACUUUAUUUAACGGAUGCAAGGCCGAAUAUUUUGAGUUGAAGAAAAAAACUGAAGAUCUGAAUAUACUUUUUUGAAAAAAAACAGCAUUCUGUGUCGUGUGCUUUGUGGGCUGGAGAUCAACUGCUCUCGUGCUUCAGUGCUACUGCCAAUCUCCUCACCCAAACCUAGUUGAUCAGACAGAACCAGAGAAGACUGAGGAAAAGGUUACAUUACAUUACAACCAAAAAAAUAGUAAUUUACUUUUUUAUCUUUGGAUUUACUGAGAAAACUGUUCUGCUCACAGCUGUGGUCAAUUUACUCAUGUUGUAUUUUAUUUGUCAUUUCAUUUUAGAGAGGAGAUGAAACCAGACCAGAUGAUAGCAGACCAGACCAGAGAGGAGCUGAGGGGGCAGCCUGCAUCACAAACUAUCUUCAAAAGAAAGGUACGUUUUUUUUUUUAAAUUCCACCUUAUUUACUGGUAACUGUUACAUUAUUUUACAAGUAUCUGAAAAUUUUAAUUAACCUUCCCUUUUUUUCUUUCCAAGUUAUUUGUCUGUUAUAGAAAUGAAACAAGCCUAGACCAAACUGGAGAAGACCAGAGUGGACCAGAUGAUAGCAGACCAGACCAGAGGGGAGCUGAGGGGACAGCCUGCAUCGCAAACCAUCUUUAAAAAAAAGAUUCAUUAACUUUAUUCUAAUAUAUUAUCCUUAUAUAUUUCUGGAUGUAUUUUUAAAUUUAGGAUUCAAAUGUUAGUAUUUAAGGUUAAGUAAUGCUUCUACUAUUACAAUUACUUAUACUUUUACUCUGGAAUUUAUUUGUGUGUCAUAUAGUGGAGAAGACAGAAACCAGACUAGACCAGAGACCAAGACUGGAGAACAGAGUGGAGACCAGAUGAGUCCAGACCAGAGAAGAGCUGAGGGGGCAGCCGACAUCGCAAACUGACAAAAAAAAAAAGAUAAAUAUAUUUUAUCCUUAAUUUCAUCCCCAAUUGUUUCACUGUAAAAUUGUUUCAGUCGGAGUCUUCAGUGGUGUUAUAACUUUUCUUUUUCCUCUUAUGUGAUUUGUCUUGUACAGAGAAGACAGAAAACCAGUCCAGACCAGAUACCAGCUGAGGGGGCAGCAUACCUUACAAGCCAUCUUUAAAAAAUAACGUACGUUUUUCCCAUGCCAUAUUUUUUUGUUUGUUUUGAUCAAAAUUACUUCCCUGUAAAUAUUAUUAUUUCAAAAUUGUCUUCACUUGUUAACUUUUUUGUCGCCCACAUCAUUUUUCCUUUACAGAAAGGAAACAAGUCUAGACCAGACUGGAGGUGUAUAGAUGAUGUCUGAAAUCAGCGUGUUCGUUUUUGUGGUCAGUUGGAGUGGAACAUGAAGCUGUGGUGGCCUCACUGUGAAGCUCUCAUCGCCUACCUGAUGACCUACAGUCACACUAUGAGACCAGAGCUGCUGGAGAGAUUCUCUCAGGUGUAUGAGUACACCUUCAGUCACGUGAGUUAUUACUGAGGGAAACGUACCCGAGGAAAAAUCUCAUGCUACACCUCUGAAGUGUUUAAUGUCAACAAAUGACCGUCACGAUGACUUGUAACUUAUGAAGCCUCACUUAAGAAGCACUGAAAUAUUCCUUUAAUGUUCAUAUUGUAGAAACAUUGGGUAGAAUAGAAAAGAAAAGAAGUUGUAGAGAAGAAAAAAGAUGUUAAAAUAGACGAAAAAGAGAUGCCAAAAAUAGAAUAGCAGAGACUAGUAAUGGGAGUGUGCUAAAUAACCGUGCAAGAUUAACGAAGACAGGGCCCAUAUCUACUUAACGGUAAGACAAUGUGUAAAUUAGUGACUACUGUGAACGUCUAGCUCAAAAAGGAUAGUCGAAUUCGGGGCGUGGAAAGAAAAAGUGAGGAGUAAAACCCGGAGCCCAGGGUAAUUGGCAAAUAAAUGAUGAAAAGAGAUAAAGAGUAAAAGAGACAAAGUGAAAAAGAGAAAAAGGCUGAGAUGGCCGAAAAAGAGAAAAAGUUAACUUAAUGUUAGGGAAGAUGCGAUUGGGCAUACAAACCGGUAAGGACAGUUUAAAGAAGGAAAAAAAGGCCUAUAUACUAUAGUAAGGAAACACUGAGCUCAGUGAGAAGAGGUGUGCUGAAAUUUGAGUGUGUGCGAGAAGCCUCUGGUGUGUGUGUGUGUGUGUGUGAGAGGAGUGUGUGUAUGGGUGCUGAGCUGUGAGUGUGAGUGCAAAAGAGUCUGUGUGCAGUGAGUGGUGUGUACACAAAGUUGGGGAAUGAUCUAGCAUAGGUUUAAGUGAUUAACUUAUGAUAAAGUGAUAAAUGAUGUCUUGUUAAAUAUAUAAUGAUAUGAUAUAAGAAAUUAACAUAUAAGGGAAGAGAUACUGAUGCCUUUGUAGUGCUAAAAAAAACAUAUGAGCCCUGGUUUCUUUGUACAGGGACGUUAAUAGAAUAAGAAACUGCUAUGAGCCUCUCAGGAUAAAGAGGACGUUUGUACACCUAAUAGUAAGAAAUGAGCCCCUUAUUAGAUGAGGAGGACUUUGGAUGGUGAUAACAUCCUUGACUAAUAUUGCAAUUAAAGAAGUGUACACAAGCACAUUUUUGUUCAUACAGAUACAGGAAAAAACAGAGUGAAAGAUUGGAAUGAUUUGCUGACUGAUGGGUGUGGUUUUCCUCUGUGUGUGUGUGAAUAUUUAAAGUGAAUGGUCACUUGCUGAUGAUCAUGUUUAGAGGGAAGUCCUAGUUAAAAAUUGGAAAAAUCCAGGGAGCUUUCUCUCCCUCUUUCUUUCUCUUCUUACAGGCCUGAGAACAGAAAGAAAGCUAAAAAAUCUAGUUUAACUAUCCUAGAUGUGUGAAAAUUUUAAAUGGUAUACCAUGAUCAGGGGAAUGGGGUAUAAUAAAUUUAGGUAGUCUUAUGGUAGAAGAAAUCUUUAAAUAGUGGUAGUAAACGUUUUAAAUUGUGUUGAAUGAAGUGAUUGUAAUGUACUAAACAUUUGAUUUGUUCUUUGUCCCUAACUCUGAUGCAUGAGAGGGGAGAGGAGAAUGAAAGGAGUCUGACGUUGGAGCGCCCAUGAGACAGAUAAGAAGAUAAUUGGCUGUGCUGCAAACAAGAGGGGGCUUGCGGAUGAGAGGCUCACCAGGUCCUGCUCCCAUUUGACAGGCCAGUACAGUUUUGUCUACAAACUCUUCUCCUAUGUGUCUUCUGCUACUUAGUUGUACAUACACACAUUUAUAGUGGGAACACAUUUAGUUGGGUGUAUAUAUUUGUUAGUGCUAGACAAUAAGAGCAGUAGUUUUGUUGGUAAAAAGAAAGGCUUGGCAAUAGACUGACCAGUUGAAAGGGCUGAUUAAGUACCGUAGUAUUGUUGAAUUAAAAGAGCAUUUCCAAGAGGUCUAAAUUUUGCUGAAACGUGUGAAUGUGGUUUGUCUUUGCUGCUUGGUAAAAUCACACAGAUUGAUCUUAUUUGGGUGUUGAUAAGUUUUAGGUCUCAGGGGAGGCUUCAUGAGAAGCACUAGGGGACAAUCGCGCCCACCCAGAGGACCUGUAAACCCUGAUAGGGGGCCAGAACCUGGAUUUUAGGGGUGCCCAGAAGACCUAAAAGGGGGUGUCAGCUGGUAGUGUCAGGGCCAGAACAAGAGCCAACCAUUGAGGUGAAAGUUAACGAUAAACCAUUGACAGUUAUGGUAGAUUGCGGAGCUGCUUUCACCUGUGUUAGGCCCAAAGAUGCUAUACAUCUCCCCGUGUCUGGCCAAUUGGUACGGACAAUAGGUUUUGAGGGUGUGGAACAGCUGAUACCUCUUACAGAACUCGUUGAGCUCUGCUAUAAAAAUCAAAAGACCACAAUACCGAUACUAGUGUCAGAACAAACACCUAUUGCACUUUUGGGCAGAGAUGCUUUGUGUAGGUUGAAGUGCACAAUACGAUGCACACCAGACGGCUGUCUGGUGGAUGUACCAAGUGAUAGUUGGCAACAACUAUUUAUGAAAACAGAGACUGAAGCGUCUGCAGUGUUUUGGAUUGGGAACCUUAGCCAGGAGUAUCUAGAGGCAGCAAAGCUGUGGGAGAAAUUUAUUGUGGCCAAUAUGACUGAGGUGAAGUUACCUGAGUAUCCAUACCACUGUACACUGAUGUAUUUUAAAGAUGCUACACAGACCAACUCAGCAGACUGGUUGAAGCAACAACCAGAACAAGUCCAGUUUAGCUCCAGUUCAAUAAUUUGGGGCCACAAGGAGCAACUAUGAAGAUAGAGAGUAAUGAAUAUCUUGAAAAAGAACAUGACGUCGAGGAAAGCAUUCCUCACGUGACUGAAGGAAUCAGAGAGAUAUUCAAAACUACGGUCAGACUUGCAAGCCCUUCCACUUCAGAAAGCAGAUGUAGAGUAUUGGACUGAUGGGUCGUGUUAUCAGAUUGGACACAAAUUGAGCGCUGGCUAUGCAGUUGUAAAAGCUGAAGGGGAUGGAUUUGUUGUUGAAAAGGCAAAAACAGUGCAACAACCAGCAUCUACACAGCUGGUUGAACUUGUAGGACUAACUGAGGCAUGUCUUUUGGCAGAAGGGAAACGAGUGACAAUUUACACAGACUCUGCAUAUGCACAUAAUGUUUGUCACUUGUUCGGAGCACUGUGGAAAAAUCGAGGAUUUAAGAAAACAGAUGGGUCUCCUAUACAGCAUCAUGCCUAGAUAACCAAAUUGCUGCAUGCAAUGAUGAAGCCGAACGAAAUAGCAAUAGCUAAGUGUGCAGCACAUAAAGGGGACAUGUCAAGAGUGACUCAGGGCAACAGAGCAGCUGAUGAGGUUGCAAAAGCUGUUCCAGGGGCAGAUAAAGAAGGCAAAGUUCUUCUGGUCACUCAUGAAGUAGACUUGGAAGAUAAAAUCACCCUCAAAGACAUAGUCUCAAUGCAAAAAGCGGCCUCUGAAAUAGACAAACAGUUAUGGCGUGACCGAGGUGCAACACAGGAUGCCACAGGUUUGUGGAGGAAUCAUGAAGGGCUGAUGGUGGCACCUCCAAACCUUCUUAGAUUAAUGAUUCAGGAGGCACAUGGGUUAGCACAUGUUGCAAGGGGGGAAGUUAAAAGAAACAUCAUAAAGGAGUAGGUUUCUGGACACCACAUUUGCAUGAGCAAAUUGAUUUAUCAUAAGUAGAUGUACAAUUUGUCUAAAAAAUAAUUUUUGAAAGUGUAACAGUUGAAGCUUGUCUAAACAAGCGAAAAGAUGCUCAGUAUGUUGCCAAGUUCUUGUGUAGAGAAGUCAUAAGCAGAUGGGGACUUUAAGAUUAAAUAUUCAAAGAUAAUGGAGAAGAGUUUGUGGAUAAAACAGUGAAAUUGAUUUGAAAAAACUAACAAUUGAACAAUGUUUGGGAGCUGUGUACCAUCCGCAAAGCCAAGGUAUCUGUGAAAAAAAAAAUGAAUGGGGUGAUGAAAAAACCCUCUGGGUAAGAUUGGCCGGCACACAGGUUUACAUUUUGAUGAAGUAAAGGGGAGGUAUUACUUAGGGGGAAAUAUGAUAAACAUGUCAAAAAUGUAUGUUUUUGGCAAGAUACUGCUUAAUUUUUUCAUUCUCAGGACAGCAGUUGGGGAGACCAGCUAAAGAAAGGUGGUUCUCCAGAGAUCUAAACAGCCUUAAUGGACCCACACCUCCCAACAAAGACAAUCAAGCAUGGACAAUAUAAACAGAAACUGAAACCUGACAGAGGUGUGAACAAGAACAUUGCAUUGGAUACACAAACGGAGAACACCCAUGGACAAGAACACUACACAAGCAGCCAAAGAUGUUAAGAAGCAAAAAUUAUUAUUCAUUUUAAUCAUAGAGUUUGUUAAUGUAUAAUCUAUGCUAUGAAUGUCAAUUUAUCUUUCUGUGUUGUAUUUUAAUGUUCAUGCUAAUACCAAACAGCAUAGGAAGAAUGGAAAGUAUGAAAGGGGGGUUAGUUAUUCACAGCAUGAGUUGUAAAGUGAAUGUAUUGGGAUCUCAGGUGGUUUCUUUGUUUUCUCGUUGUAGGAUCAGUGGUGUUAGGCAGGGAUAGGUCCACUGGAAGUUCGAUGGGAUGACCAGACACAACAUUUUCUUUUAAAAUUUAUAAUAAAACUGUCCUAGUAUUAUUAUUUUCUGUUCUGUUUAAGAUGACUUGUAUUUUUUACUGUCUACUGAAAAUAAACUAUAGAUACAUUUCUCUCAGCCUCACGAGUAGAAAAACAAAGAUUAUCUUGAUGUAGUUUUUUGUCUGUCCUUGCAGUCCUGUUUAAUUUACAUUCUGCCCUGUUGGUUAAGAGUUGCGAUCAUCUUCUUGUCUUCAGGUUUCUUUCACGUCCCUCGCUGCCUCUACAUGUGUGAGCGUCUGCUGGAUGAUCUUCUGGGAAAUGAGGACUAAAAACAUAAUAAAUGUUAUAAAGUGAGAUUAAAUCUGAUCUCCUGGUCUGUUCCAGAUUAAAGAGUCAUGUUAUAAAGUGAGAUUGCACUGAUUGUCCAAUAUAUAGAAGCCUUAUGCAGACAUGCACCUCCUGAAUAAUCCUGCAAUAAAUUAUUCUGUGUUGUUUUGUCAAGAUCAUAUUUUUCUAGUAAUCUGGGAAUAAAAAGUUUAUUUUCUUGUGGGAACGAUUUUCAGGCGAUCUUGAGAUUAAAACAACAAACCACAACAUGACCUGCUGCCACCAGUCACAGUUACAUGUUAAACCCAGAGACUUUUUACUAAAAUGGACGCUAUAAGUGUUUACAGACUGUGAAGUCUGAAUAUUCAGGGCUCCCCCUACUGGCUGUCUGCAGAAUAGGUCAUAAGGCCCGCCUCCUUAAUGUUACCAGAGAUGUUUGUUGUCAUUAUAGCUAUGAAGAUUUAUGUCCAAGUGCUUACUUUUCUG